AUGCAACUUUCUGUGCUCCUAAGCGCGCUUAUAUCUUUCGUCAUUCUUGCUACAGCGUCACCCACGCCUGGAGCCAUCUCGGAACGUUCCUUCGAGGGAAACACGCUUGACACGAACUUUGGACGUGAUCUCCUAGUAGAGAGCAAGAAGCGCAAGGAACUUGAGUCACACAUCUCUUACGACGACGACGACGUCCCAAGCACUGGAGGCAAGAAGCGCAGGGAACUUGCGACACACCUCGCUUACUCCGACGACGACGUCCCAGGUGGGGCGAGGAUUGCGAUGAAUCGAAGUGAGGGUAUCUACAAAACACCUCAAUAG